GGAAAUCCGUUUAAGAUGGCGUCACUCAUUGACAACUAUGAGCAACAAUACGCCGUUUUGACAGCUGACAUCACCGCUAAAAUUGGUAGAAUAAGAAAGCAAAACGGCAGUGAGAAAAGAGCAUUCAUUCAAGAUGUGGACAGACAGAUUGAAGAGGCUCAAGAACUGCUUGAGCAAAUGGAACUGGAGGUUCGUGGGGUGAAUGGUACAGCUCGUGAUCGCUUACGCGGUCGAGUAGAAAGUCAUAGAGCAGAAUUGAAACGAUUAACACAAGAAUUUCAUUCAGCCAAAAAAUCAAAGGAUGAAAGUAUUGAAAUAAACAGGGAAGAUUCAUGGGAGAAUAAUAUCACUGAGGAUCAGAAAAAACGAUUGUUAGAUACCUCAGACCGAAUAGAUAGCUCAGGAAGAAGUUUACAAAAUGGAUAUCGAAUGGUAUUAGAAACAGAAGAAAUUGGUUCUCAAGUAUUAAAGGAGCUGCACGAGCAAAGAGAGACAAUUCAGAAAGGAAGAGCAAGAUUACGAGAAACAGAUGCAGAGCUGGGUCGUGGUUCACGUUUACUCUCAGGAAUGAUUUUUAGAAGUCUUCAGCAAAGAAUUAUUUUAGCAGUUGUAGCAUUAACGCUUAUAAUUGUUGCUUGCAUUGUCAUGUACUAUAGCUUUAAAUCUAAAAGUUAAAGAUGAGAGUAGAAAGGAACCCUUUUUGGUUGGGAUAUUGGUUCAGAAGCUAUAUUUAAUAUUCACUGAGUUUCAGGUAACCACAUGCCAACGUCACCGGUAUGAUGCCAACCGAAUUCGUCGAUAACUUGUGCAGUUCUUUCGGGAUCC